AUGCCUCUCUUCCACCGCAACUCCCUCUCCAGCUCGUCCGACCGCAGCAUCGACGACCCCAACACCCACAACUACUCGCACCGCUCCCAUCGCUCGCACCACUCCACCUCCCCGCGCUCCAGCCUCUCCUCCUCGUCCUCUUCCUCCCGCCGUCGCAGCAGCAGCCACAGCUACGGCCACAGCGGAAGCACCCACGGCCACUCGCGCUUCAGCUUCGGCAGCCGCCGCCACCAGGAAGACCCCUCCGUCCUCGCCGCCAAGGAGCAGGUCUCGCGCGCCGAGGCCGCCGAGCGUGAAGCUGACCGCGCCCUCCUGGCUUCCCGCCGGGCCGUGCAAGAUGCCCGCGAGCAUGUGAGGCGUCUGGAUGAGGAGGCGCGCAUCGAAGCCCGCGCCGCAAAGAUGAAACAGGACCAGGUCAAGUCGAUUACGAAACGGGCCAAGCCGCUGGGACGUAAGUGA